AUGAAUGAGAAGACCCGUAGUCCUGGCUCUACUCCUCCUCCCAACUACAACUCUCCCCUUAGCGACAAUCGUUCUCGUGAGACGCGAUCCACCCACUCGCGUUCCGCCCACUCCCACUCUUCUAGUCAGCUCGACUAUGCCCAGUCCGGUGCUUCUCCUCGUCGAGCCCGCUCAGUGUCCACCAACGGCAGUCCGAUUCGCUACAUUCCCCCGCCCUCUAAUCACAAGCGCUCCGACACAUACAAGUCUAACACUACCAAGGGCAGCGGCAGGAGCGGCCGUCCCGCCCUCUACCCCUCCGAGUCCUCGAGCACCCUCGUCGGCUCUGCCUUCGAGCGCAAGGUUCGUGAUGAGGACCCGAUCUCCGACAGGCCGGACACCUCGAGCAGGCUCGACAGCCUCAGAGAUCUCAUGCGCAGUCACGACCUUGACUAUUAUGUCAUCCCUAGCGAAGACUACCACGGCUCAGAAUACAUUGCUCCCCAUGACAAGCGGAGGGAGUGGAUCUCUGGGUUCACCGGAUCUGCCGGGCAGGCCGUCGUCUCCAGGAACUCCGCCUACCUUAUCACCGACUCCCGUUACUGGCUCCAGGCGCGCGAGCAGCUCGACCAUAAUUGGGUGCUCGUCGAGGCCGGCAACCCUGCUUCAGGCGUCAAGGACUGGACGCAAUGGAUCAUCGAUCGCGCCAAGGACUCCAAGAUCGGCAUCGACGCCCGGCUCAUCUCGUAUGAGACUGCGACAGCUCUCAACAGCGCGCUCAAGCCCAAGAACUCGAAGCUGCACUAUCCCCCGCAGAACCUCGUCGACCUCGUCUGGCGCGAAAAGCCCCCGCGUAGCAAGGAGCCGAUCUAUGUCCAGCCUCAGGAGUUCACGGGCAUGAGUGCGGGUGAGAAGCUUGCGCGGUUGAGAGAGUGGGUUCGGAGGCAGCGCCCGACGAUGCCGUCGUACUCCAAGUCGGAGCCCAAGCCGUCGCAGAUGCAGGUUGCGACGUUGAUUUCGAAUCUCUCGUCCAUCGCUUGGAUGCUGAACUUGCGCGGCGACGAUAUCCCGUUCAACCCGGUGUUCCAUUCGUAUCUCUUCGUCGGCCUUGACAGCGCUGUCCUCUUCAUCGAAGAGGCGAAGCUCACCGACGAGGUCAAGGGCUACCUCACCUCCAUCAGCGUCACUUGGCGCGAUUACAACGACCUCUGGACGUUUUUGCGCCGCAAGGAGUGGGGCGAGGGCAACGUUAUCAUACCCCCUCAGACGUCUUACGCGAUUUGCCUCAUGAUGACGAGCUUCCGGUACACGGUUCUGCCGUCGUACGUCGACGAGAUGAAGGCAGUCAAGAACGAUGUUGAGAUCAAUGGCCUCCGUAAUGCCUACCUUCGCGAUGGCGCGGCGUAUGUCCGCUGGCUUGCCUGGCUGGAGCAGAAGCUCCAGCAAGGCUACGAUAUCACCGAGUACGAGGCGGCGUGGCGUCUUACCGAAUACCGCCGCAAGAACAAGCAUUACAUGGGUCUCGCUUACGAGAACAUUUCUGCGACCGGGCCUAAUGCCGCACUGCCUCAUUACGUCCCACACAAGGCGACUGCCAGGAUGAUAGAUCGCGACACUCCCUAUCUCAAUGACUCGGGAGGACAGUACCGCGACGGCACUUGCGACACGACACGGACCGUCCACUUCGGCCGCCCGACCCCCGAGCAGUGCGAGGCUUUCACACGCGUCCUGCAAGGCCACAUUGCUAUUGACUCCGCUAUCUUCCCAGAGGGCACGUCUGGCGCGAAGCUCGAUGUUUUGGCGCGGAAGGCGCUCUGGCAGGAUGGGCUGAACUACAUGCACGGCACCGGGCAUGGGUUUGGCUCGUUCCUUAACGUUCACGAAGGCCCGCAAAGCUUCUCGUCAGACACCGUCCUCGUUCCGGGGCACGUGAUUACCAACGAGCCGGGCUAUUACAACGCCGGCAAGUGGGGCAUGCGAAUAGAAUCCGCGCUCGCCGUCAGGCGUGUCAAGACCAAGGGCCAAUUCAACGGUGACAUCUGGCUUGGUUUUGAGCGUCUCACUGUCGUACCUAUACAGACGAAGAUGGUCAAGGAGGUCAUGUUGUCCAAGGAGGAACGCCAAUGGCUCAAGGACCACAACCGCCGCUGUCUCGAACUGCUCGAGCCGUUCCUGCGGGACGACAAGCGCGCAUUAAGGUACCUCCGCAGGGAGGCGGAACGUGGUAUCGGCAUCGCCGGCGCUGGACCCGGCGGCUUGACGAUCGACUGGGAUUGA